GAAGGGGGCGGGAAUUUAUAUUUGUUGUUUGAAAAUGGCGAUUGCCUUUUCGGUGCUCGAGUGACAGUGAGGUGAAUAUACAUUUGAUGUGUAUUGUUUUUUUACGUAACAACUUGAUAUCUAGUCAGAUAAAAGUUUCAGCGACACACGAUUUUGUGACGCGGUACAGUUAGUUACGUGAAAAGUAUAUAAUUAAUGAAAAUGAAAGGCAAAGAACGAUCGCCGGUGAAAAAACGCUCCAGGGCCUUGGAAGAUAUCCGAGACAGAGGAGGAAGCCAUCCCAACAACAAGAAAAUAGGAGCCCUUGCCACCUCUGGCGGUGGCAGCGGUGGAGCCAGCAGCAGUAGCAACAACGGCAACAGCUCCGGAAAAAGUGAAAGCAGCUCCAGCAGACGGAGUCUUUUGAGCGAAAAGCGUACGGAAAGCCGCGACUUCGACGUGCACUCCUCCAGCAGGGCGAGUAGCACCAACCACAGUUACGCCAGCGCUACGGCCGCAAGCUCGGGGAGCAGUAAGAACCAUCUGAAUAGCCUGAAUGCAGAGACUUCGGCCACCCGCAGCAACUCACGCGCUGGGGAUCCUCCACAGCAGCAGCGGCCUCCUCCGCCGCCCCUCUCCAGCGCAGAGAGCGAGUACAAAACACUAAAAAUAAGCGAAUUGGGCUCCCAACUCAGCGACGAAGAGAUCGAGGACGGAUUGUUUCACGAAUUCAAGAAAUUUGGCGACGUGAGUGUAAAAAUCAGUCGCAUAAGCGACGAGAGAGUGGCGUUUGUGAACUUCAGGCGGCCCGAAGAUGCACGCGCUGCUAAGCACGCCCGUGGCCGGCUCGUGCUUUAUGAUCGGCCGCUUAAGAUCGAGGCCGUGUAUCUUAAUCGCAGGCGGAGUCGCUCGCCCAUCGAUAAAGACAGCUAUGCGGCAGUGUCGGCGCAUGCCAGGCACCCCCACGUCCAGCGGCCCUUGUCUCCUACAGCUUUGGGGUACAGAGAUUACAGAUUGCAGCAACUCGCACUGGGGCGUCUCCCACCACCGCCGCCACCCCCCUUGCCUCGAGAUUUGGACAGAGAAAGGGAAUAUGCAUUUUACGAGGCCCGGGCACGUCCGCCAUACAGUCUAGCAGAAAGAGCAGCUUUGCGUGAAGAGGAAAUCAUUUCCCCUGAAGACGACCAAAGAGCAAACAGGACGUUAUUUUUAGGCAACUUGGACAUCACCAUCACCGAGUCCGACAUCCGAAGAGCUUUUGACAGGUUUGGUGUGAUUACUGAAAUAGACAUUAAGCGACCAGACAUUAAGCGACCCAUCAGGGGUCAAACUAGCACCUAUGGCUUUCUCAAGUAUGAAAAUUUGGACAUGGCCCACCGGGCUAAGCUAGCCAUGUCUGGCAAAGUUUUGUGCAGAAACAUUAUUAAGAUUGGCUAUGGAAAGGCCACACCCACCACACGCCUGUGGGUAGGGGGAUUAGGACCUUGGGUUCCCUUGGCAGCACUUGCAAGAGAGUUUGAUCGCUUUGGCACCAUUCGGACUAUUGACUACAGAAAAGGUGACUCUUGGGCAUAUAUUCAAUAUGAAAGUCUGGAUGCUGCUCAGGCUGCCUGCACUCACAUGAGGGGUUUCCCACUUGGGGGCCCAGACCGCAGAUUACGAGUGGAUUUUGCUGACACAGAACAUAGAUACCAGCAGCAGUACUUGCAGCCUUUGCCUCUGCCCCACUAUGAUGUAGUAGCAGAAAGCUUUGUGCACCGUGUUGCUCAAGAACCUCUGAGGGGCAGGGAAAGAACUCCUCCAGCGCUGCACUUCAGAGAACGAGAACUGUAUCCAGCUGCUGAUUGGGUAGCCCCCUCAGCUAGGGACAGAGUGAGAGCAGGUUAUGAACAACUUGAUCAUCUUGACCGAGAACGCAGGCCAAGAGAAAGCUGGUCAUUGGAGCGAGAAAGAGAACUACAAAACCGUGACCAAACCCGAAAACGCAGAUUGUUGGAAGAGAGCCGACACCUGGAUCGUUCCCCUGAAAGGCGACGGCAUUGUCCAUCACUUGAGCGAAGUCCAGGCGGAAGCAGUAGCAGGGAUGGGGGUCGUUACAGUGACUCUGAGCGUCCCCUGCGUAGUGAGAGAGCCUCUCCAGCUCGUGAUAGACAUGCCAGUGCUGAGAGAAGCCAAAGUGAGAAGAAGGGAGGCGAAAGAUUAAAAAAUGCCAACCUGACUGAGACUAACACAGGGGGCACUAGUGAGCGGGAACGCAAACGCAAGUUCAGUGAUACUUCUAAGAGUCCAGCUAAAAAAGAAGAGAAAUUUGAGGCCAGUUCUUCAAAGCCUGCUGCACAGCAGAAACCGGACAGCAACCAGAAACUUUGUCUGGCCUGGCAGGGAAUGUUACUGUUAAAAAAUAGCAACUUUCCGUCAAACAUGCAUCUUUUGGAAGGAGACCUGAAUGUCGCUACGAGUCUUCUUGUUGACAGCUCAGCUGGAGGCAAGGUUGCCCAACUUAAAAUCACUCAGCGUCUACGCCUAGACCAGCCCAAGCUUGAUGAGGUGAACCGACGCAUCAAAGUGGCUGGACCCACUGGCUACUGUGUCCUUCUUGCAGUUCCUGGAAAAUCAGAAGGGAGUUCAUCUGUUUCGGAUCAGGCAGCAUCCACUCAGAGGCCACUCAGGAACCUGGUGUCCUAUCUAAAGCAAAAGCAGGCAGCAGGUGUUAUCAGCCUGCCAAUUGGUGGCAGCAAAGACAAGGACAACGCUGGAGUUCUCCAUGCUUUCCCUCCUUGUGAUUUCUCUCAGCAGUUCUUGGAUUCCUCUGCCAAAGCUCUCACGAAAACUGAAGAGGACUACUUGGUCAUGAUAAUAGUGCGUGGAGCAUCCUAAAGAGGAAGGGAGGGGGGGAAAGUUGUUUAUAAUUGUACGUAACGGCAACACUGCAUGCACCUUUUCUUGCAUUAUGGGAUAUGGCAGUCUAUCUUCUGGGCUUUCAUCUCUUUCUACAUUUUGCUGAAAAGCAAAUGAUCAGUUUAUGUGAAAAAUUACACAUUUAAAUACUAGUCCAAUAGUCACAGUGUUUCCAAAGUCAAAUUAUAUUUUCAGUUCUUUACAUUUUUUUUUGUUUUGGCGUCAUGCCGUUUGCUAGGAAAUGUGUUCUUUGCAGAUUGCUAUAGCUGAGCAGUUGAAAUAAGCCAAUGGAAAGUAAUACAGUCUGAGAAUUGUUUGUGUUUUUAAUUUGCACUCCAUUGCAGAUAGGCCAGUUAUUUUGUUGAAUAGUAAAAUAUUAAGGAAAAGAGUAGGCAUCCAUAAAAUGUGGAGUGACAUUUUCUUCUACCUUUCAGUUAGAAGUUAACAGUUUGAUAAUGCAUUUGCUAUUUGACACUGUAAUUGGAUGUUGUUUAUCCAGUUUACAGUUGAACUUUCCCAGUUGAACUGCCGGGAUGUUUGGUUGCUCCAAAUUUAAAAAGAGCUUUUAAAGGCUUUGAUCUUUAUAUAUUGGCCUUCUGCAAUUUAUAAAUGCUGUCUUGUCCGUUUUCUGUAUAGACUGUAUGGUGCUUUCUGGCUUGCUCCUGCUGUAGUAUCCCAAGCUGGUUCAGGGUUAGCAUUACAAGAGCUAUGGUAAUCCUAAAAACCUUUUGUUUACAAGUGGAAAUUAAUUUGCAAUUUAAGGAAUUCAAAAAUGGUCAGACUUAACUAAAAACAAUUAAGUCCAUGUUGGAGAUAAGUAAUGCAUAGACUUUUUUUUUUUUUUUUUUUUUUUAACCUAAAAAGAUAUGAUAAGCCCUGAAGUACUGUGAAACAUUCUUUAGAGGGAGAUGUAUAUUAUGGCAAAAGCUAAAUAAUUCUGGCUGAAUAUGUUAGAAAGGAAAUACCUCAGUUUAACACACUCAUAUAUUCAGUAUCCCAUAAUGCCCUUUAAGGUAUUCAUCAGUGACAGUGUUCCAUUCAAAAAGUUUAGAAAAACUGCAAGACUGAAUGUUUUAUGAUUGAUUGCAUUAUUCUUGAGUCCCGAUACUUCACUAAACAGGCAACCCUGACCUAUUUCUAUUUAAAUGCAUUCUAUAGGACACAUAAGGAAUAUUAUAGCAAAUGUGGAAAACAUGAAGUUUAUGUAAUUAGGACAAAAAUAUGUCCAGCUAACUUGGCAGAGUAGGAUUCAGAAAACUGGGUAUAGUACAUAUGUAGGACACUCUUUGUUUCCCAUAAAAAGGUGAAUAUUUUUAUUUUGGCAGAAAAAUGAGAAAAUUAUACAUGGCUGUUAGUCUGCUUUCAUACAGAAUAUUUAAUCUUAAAUAUUGGCUUUGGCUUAGUGUUUCUUGUCAUAUUUUGACAUUGGGUAACAAAGCUGUGGGUCCUGCUAAGACCUAUUUGAGUUUUAUUAUUGUAAUUAUUAUUUUUACUAUUUCAUCCUCAACCUACCUUUCUUGCUGAGUUUAUUUUCAGCACUAUCAGGCAGGCUUGGUCAAUGUGCAAGAGUCUCCUUCUGAAUAUUAAGUAAAUGUCAUUUUUGAUAUUUUUUAGUAUUAUUUGCUGCAGUUUGUCAUUUUUGUUAAAAUUGAUAAUCCUCUAUAUUUUAUUUGCUGCACUGUGAGCUUUUAUGAAUAACAUACUGCCAGAGAGCACAUUUACACCACUGCCUUUUAGUGAGUGGAAUUGACCUCGGUAGCAUUUCAUUUAAUACUGUGAAUACUGACAGCCUGUAUAGUUCUCUCAUUAAAUGUUUGCUAGGCACCAACAAUACACUACUGUGUAGACUCACAAAUCAAAUGUUUUUGUGUUUUGAGGGCAUACUGGUUUUUGAAGAAACAAUAAGGUUAUAUUUUGAUUAAAGUAACAGAAUUUGCAUCCUUUAUUUAAUUUGAUAUAUUAGUCUGUAUUCUACCAUUUAAUAUGCAUUGCAGUAAAAUCAAAAAAGCAAUUGUUUAAAAAAAUCAACUCGUAAGUCAGUAAAUCUGGUAUUUUACAAGAGCAAAAGAUGCAUAUCAAAUAGUGAAAGUAAAGAAAGAAAAUGUUCCCUGCAGCCUUUUUAAUAUGCUCAGUAAGAGUAAUUCUUGCUUUUAAGAUCACUGUAUGCUUUACAGAAACCCAUUUCUUUCAAUUUUCUUGGGGAUGAUACAUGCAGAAAAAAACAUGGUUGUUGCUGCAUGAUGCAGAUAGUUAUUAUUCCAGAUGCUGUAGAGAAUGAUAAAGCCUAAAGAAUAUGACCAACACAAACAUUUUCUUUUGGAAAAAUUUGAUGAGUGGCAGCCUUUUGUUUUCUUUGCCUUUUCCCCAUUUUUAUUAACCUUUUCACACUUGUCCAUUUUACAGUUGAUUAAGUUAGUGUUAAAUGCAAUAUAAAUAGUAAUGGAACGUCUAAAUGCAAGUUUCCAAAAAGGCAAAGUGUUUUUUUUUUUGUCCGCUCCAUACAGCUUUUGUCACUCUAGUUUUUGCAGAGGGUAGGGUUAAUGAGGGGGACUGUGACUUGCACUCGGUACAUUGUAGGUCUAGGGACUUGCCUAAUUGUGCUAUAUGUGCUACAUUUUCAUGUAUUUGUAAAUCACCAGAAAAUGUGGAUUUUUUUUUUUCUUUACUAAUCUUUCAUGUAUGUCAUCAACAUUAGGACCCUAUUCCAACUGAAAUUCAGAAACAUAGUUGAAUUUAAUAUAGAUAGGCUUUGUUUUAUUUUAAAUGCAAAUUACAGCCUCUUUUUUUUAAUUUUAAAUACAGGCUUGAUACUAAAAUACACUUAAUUUAUAAGCCACUCUUUAGGAACUGUUGUUAUUAAGGCUAUUGCAAUUGAGUUGUGCAACAUUGAGUGCAAAAUACAAAAUUGUGCUAAUAUUUGUUGUUAUGUAAAAGAAGUAAGUAUGUUUAGCAAGUACAUUUUACUUAAUUGAAAAUGUAUGGACCCUUUUUUAUAGUGCAUGGUAAUGUACAAUAGAAAUACAGAUAAAGGUUGGGCUGGAUAGCAUAAUGUAAAAGUAAGAUUAGGAAUAUUUUGACUCUAAGCACUGUUCUGUACAAUGAAAGUUCAGUAACAAUUUUAACUUAAGGCACUGCUGUUACUAUAUGAAUGGUUACAGGUAGAUAAGCCUUAAGUUUUAUUUCUUCUAGUUCUUAGAUUGAAUAAAAAUGCCAUUAUUGAUAAUUUUAUGGAACCCUUAAAAUGUUUCCUUUGGCUAAUUGAAACAACAAAGCGCUAAAUUUAAAUAUUUAUAUAUUUCUAUAUGCUUUACUGUAACAUCAUUUAUAGAAAUAAAGAUUUAACCUGGUUUUCUAGCUAAUGUGAAGCAUUCUACAGUUAGGAUUAUUACUGUAUAUCUUGCGGCAUAAACCAUGAGUCAAAAUGUAUAAGUUGGGUAAUGUAAAAUUUAAGGAUAUUUUAAAGACAUUGAAAAAUGGCCAAUAUGUUUACUUUAUUCAUAUAACAUGUUAACUGAUCCAGUAAGCUUAUAGUUUCAUAGAUACAAGAAACAUGGGUUUUUAAACAUAUUUCUGUAUUGUUGCAGGCCGUAGAAAUGUGUGUUGUUGGUGCCAAAGCAUUAGACUUUUUAUACACUUUAUUGCUAAACUGCAGUCACUUAUUUUUGUCUCUAUGCCUUUUUCAGAACUAACUGUAAUGUAAACAAAAAAAUUGUACAAAGAAAAAAAACAUUUUUUUGUGUUCGUGUAAUACAUUCUUCAGCUUCAAGCAAGUUACAAAGAGGACUUUGGAAGAAAAACAGCAUCAUCCGUUGGACAUUUUGCAACAUUUGUUUCAAGUUAAGAAAAAGAAAAGUGCAUACAUGUGUGCCGUUUUGAGGCGGAGUUGGAUAAAAUUUGGAAAGCAUUUUGUUUAGUAUUGGUGCAUUUUCAUUGAAAUGACAACUUUAAAGGUUGUGUAACUGCUAUUGUCAUGCCAGUCCACAUGUUUUAAAUGGAAAAUUUGACAUCUUUUGAUUUAUGCUUUGUACUCCUGAUUUCUGGGGGAAAAAGAGAGCUUGAUUCAGGAAACCGCCCCCACGUCUCACAGACAGCUGAGAAAAUAGCUGUUUAACACUUAGAAGAAAAAAAGCCUGUGCACAAGCACCUAAAUUGAUUUUGUUUCAGUCUCAAUAAAUUGUGUUUCUUUUGAGGAAAAAGAGAA